GUUUCCAGGCACAAAAUGGCCUACACUUGAAAACUAGGGAGCUCGUUUCCAAGAGAACCCAAACGCAAAACGACAACAAAUAGAUCGUCGUAUGAGCCUCGCCCAAAAUGGAUCCCAUUAAAUGUUGAUACGUGGCAACAUCUAAUUGGUAAACCUCGAUACAUACCGUACACUGCUUCACACCUGAAUCGAAAGAAAUCAUCUUUUCUAACAUACGCCGAGGGCUCAGAGUCUUCCCAAUCUGUAUAUAUAACUCUCUCAGUCAUCCUCGUCCGAAUUUUCCCGAAUUUAUCUGCAAAUUCUCAAGAAUCUCCUCCUUCUGAAAGCCCUAGAGUGUUCGGGAACCCUAAUUUCACUUAAGUUUUUCUGUUUCUUUAACAGAUCAGUAAAGGGGUUACAGCCAUGGUUGAAUCAAAAAUGGAGGAAAUGCCUCUCUCAGCGCUAUUCGAUCAAGCUCGGAAAAUCCAUCAAUUGGCUACGGAGUCCUGUGAAGCUGAUCAGGAAAUGGUGAGGAAGGGUUGUGAGGCUCUUGAAAAGUGCGAAGAUAUGGUAGGUACGCUUGGGUUGUUCUCUACUAACGAGACCAAGGAGGAUAUCAGCACCAAUAAUCUCAAAUACAUUCUGGUGCCAUUUUAUCUCGGGGAAUUGACUGAAAAGGUCGAGGAAGAUGAUAGGAUACGGAUUCUUAAGACUUCCCAAGCAAAGUUGAAGGAAUUCAUUACAUUUUGCGAGACAAUGGAACUUCUACCAGAAGAGGAGUUGGAAGCAUCCACACAAAGAAACUCAGAUUCCCAUGUUGAUCGAAGGGCCAGAAAGAUUGCUCGCUUUAAACGUCAAAGAGCUGCUGAAUCUAAGUUGCUGGAAAUUAAGGAGCGAAAAGAACGUCGUGGACGCUCUAGUAGAGCAGCUGCCCUUUCCACUCCUGUUGAGGCUGGCGAGGAAGAUGUGCUGGAUGAUGAUGGAGAAGAAGAGCGGGAGGCCUGGUUCACUACCAUCUCUUUGGCUAUCUGUAAGGCUUUGGAUUUGUUGGAAAUGCUAAAGAAAGAGGAAGAGAUGCUAUCAGCAAUGAAGGAAAAACAGGAAAAGGAGGGUGAUACGCAAUUUUUUCGGGAUCUUCUUGAUGACCGGACCAGAAGAGCUGAGACCUGGCAUCGUGAUGCCUCAGUUCGAGCACAGUACACUAAACCAGCACCACCUAUCACAUGUGCUACCUUUGCACAAGAUGUUCUAGAAGGAAGAGCAAAGGUCUCUCAAGCACAUGAGCAUAAACACCAGCCCAUGAUAUUUGGACCACAGAGUGUUAUUAGUGGAAGCUUUUCAAGUGAAAGAGAAAGGAUGACAGCACAGGUUUUCCAACCGGGUUUCAGGAUGCCAACCAUGAGCAUAGAAGAAGCUGGUUUGACAGAGAUGGAGAUAAUGAACAAUUGGCAGGAGAUGAAUACUAAACUCAUGGAAGAAGCCAAUUCUUCAUGGUACAAGGACAAUAAGAUAACUGGUCCUAGGAAAGAUGAUGAAGAUGAAGACGAAGAUGAUGAGGCUGCCCAAGAUAAAGCAAGGGCAUUUGAUGACUGGAAAGAUGAUAAUCCCCGGGGCGCAGGGAACAAGAAGCUCACCCCAUGUGGGUAAAAAUUGAGACACAAGAAUAAUGUAAUCUGUUCCUUUUGGGGGGAAUAACACAGAUUCUAUUCCAAGAAGCUUAGUAAUUUCAUCUUUUACUUAAUCUAAUUAUUGAGUAAAUUUCAAAAUUUUGUAAUAGUGUGGUUUCCUUUUAGAUUCAACUAAUGUACAAUGCCAACUAGAUGUUGAAUAUAAUAAUUACUUGAUUAUAAAGAGCUUUUUUUAAAGUGAAAA